AUGAUAGUAAUUAAUAGCUUAGUUUUAAUUUUUAUUUGCGUACUUAAUUUGGUUUGCUGUCUUAAUCGUAAUAUUAGGAAAAAUGCAUAUAUUUUAUAUUCACCCAAAUUUGUAAAUUCCUCUACUAAAUCAUCUUCUAGAAGAUGGAGUAACCCAUUGAAUAAUAAUAUGAAUGAAUUACAUGAAGAUGAAGAUCUAAUAAAAUUUAAAUUACCAAACAGCUUAAGUAGUAUAAUAUACAAAAAAAGAAAAAAUAUAAAUAAAAAGAAAUUUAUUCUAAAUAAUGAAAGCCAUGUAAUAUUACCUUCACAUAAAAUAUCUGAUGAGUAUAAAAAUUGCGUUAAUCCUAUUGAUUAUAAUUAUGAAGAACUUCAUGUAUAUAUGGAAGUAAAUACAGGAAGUGUGAAUGAAAAAAAAAACCAGCAAGGAAUAAGUCAUUUAUGUGAGCAUGUUUCUUAUAUGGGAUCACAAAAUAGAAAAAAUAUUAUUGAUAAAAAUAUUAGAACAAAUGCCUAUACUGAUUUUCAUCAUAUUGUUUUUUAUAUAAGUAUAAGUCUAAAUAAUGAAAUUUAUAGGGAAAAUUCCUUUUCUAAUUUUAAUUAUGAUAAUUUUAUAAAAAAUAUAAAAGAAGAAGAAAUUGACAAUUAUGAUAUUUAUAAUGUUGAUGAAUUUAACUAUAAACAUUCUAUUUUAUCCCAGUGUAUUGAUACAAUGGUGGAAGUUUUAAAAGGAAAAACACAGUUUAAUAAAGAAAGAAUAAAAAAAGAAAAAAAAGCUAUUUUUUCUGAAUAUAGCAUUAUUAAUACUGUAGAGUAUAAAAUGAAUUCAGAUAUUAUUAAAACCUUACAUAAAGAAAAUAGACUUAGUCAUAGGUUACCAAUAGGAAAAUUAGAAUUAUUAAAAAGAUAUGAAGAAAAAGAUAUAAAAGAAUAUUUUGAUUUAUUUUUUAGAACUGAAAACGUAAAUUUAUUUGUAUAUGGAGAUGUAAAUGUUGAUAUUACACAAAAAUUAAUAAAAGAAAAAUUUGAAAAUAUAAAAAAUAAAAUUUUAACAGAUGAAGAUAUAAAAUAUUUAAAUAUAUUAAAUAAUAAUACAUUGAGAUUAAAAAAUAAAAACUUUCCAGCAGUUGUUCAUAAUUUUGAUAAUAACACAUUAAAAAAUUAUUCGAAAUGUGAUUUACCUAAAACAAAUAAUAUAUCUGUUAAUACUUAUAAUGAUAAUAUAAAAGACGAUAACUUUAAUAUGCAUAAAGAUUAUAAAGAUGAUAAUAUUAUUGACAGUGAGAAGUUAAAAGAGUUAAAAAAAAAUGAAAAUGAAAUUAUUAGUGAAUUAAAAUUUAGAUCCUAUUUAAAGAAUAAAUAUAAAGUGAAUAUAGAAGAAGAAAAAUUACUAAAUAAAUCAGAACUAAAAAACAUUAUUACAGAUUUUGAAAUAAUUAGAUAUUCAUUAAGCAAUGUUAAUAUAAACAUUUUAUUAAAAGAAGAAAUUAAAAGUAUAAGAACUUUUGAAGAUUUUAAAAUAUCUCUGAUAAAAGAAAUAAUUUUUUAUUGUUUAUCUUUUCGAUUUAAUAUACACAGAAAUGACCUAUUUAAUAGCAUAGAUAUCAAUGAGUAUACCAAUAUAAAUGAAGGAGCAACCAUAAGAACUAUUGAAAUAAAAACAACAACAAAAUCGUUUGAAAGAACAAUAAAUAUGUUUUAUAGAUUUAUAAAAAGUUUACUGCUAUACGGUUUUAGCGAAGAUGAGUUACUAAAUUAUAAAAUGAAUGAAAUUGAUUAUGAUGAAGAAGAAGAAAAUAAACAGUAUGCAUCAAAAAAUAUGAAGUUGAUACACCCAGAACAAUGUGACGAAGAAUAUAUUUUAGAUACAAAAAUAAAUGAAACAUAUACUGAUGAAAUUCAAAAAAUAAUAGAUUAUAACUCAUGUAAUCAUGUAUAUAUGAAUGAAAAGAGAGAAAAAAAAUUGAAAAAGGAAAUUUUUGAUCAUUUAAAGAUAGAUGAAAUUAACUCUUUUGCUAAAUAUUAUUUCCAAUAUUUAUUUAAUAUAUUCAACGAAGAUACCAAUUUUAAACCACAUUGUGUUGUUAUUCAUGUUCCUUACAAUGAUUACAAUGAAUUUGAUAAAAAUAAAAUUAAAAAAUUAUUUUUUGAUAAUAUUUACUCGAAAGAAGUAGUACCAAAUUUUUCAAUAAAUAUUCAAAAAAAACUGUUAUCUUCCAAAUAUAUAUAUGAAAAUAUCACUAAAAAUGUGCAUUUCGCAAAAUAUUUGGAACCAAAACCCAGUAGUAAAAUAGAUAUAUUUCAUUACAUUGUAAAAAAGAUUAAUCAAAUAAAAAAAGAUAAUAUUCCUAUAUAUAGUGUAUAUAAUUUAAGUACCAUUCCUAAUUUUGAUAUAUUUAAAAAAUUUUAUGAUGUCAGAAUUGAUGAAGUAAAUUAUAAUGAAGUAGAAGAAAAAAAAGAAAAAGAAAAAAAUAAUGAAUUUAUCAAAAUAGAAAAUAAUCAAGAUGAAAAUUAUAAUCAAGAUUUAAGAGAAUUAAGAAAUAAAUUAAAUGAUGAUAUAUUGCUAGAUGUUGAUAGCAAAAUUCUGAAUGAUAAAGUAAAUGUGUUAAAUUUAAAAAGUUAUAUAUUAUCAAAAAAAAAUCAAAAAGAGGUAGAAAAUUAUGAAUUAAUAAAUGGUGUAAAAAUAAAUUUAUAUAAAACCAAAAUAGAUAAAAAAAAUGUAUAUUUAAGACUAAUAAUCCCUCAUAAUAAGAUUUUAAAAAAGAAAAAGCAAAAUGUUUUUGUUUUAUUAUUUUCUAUUAUAUGCUUAUUUGAGGGAGGUGAAAUAGAAAAUGUUAGCAGAGAAAAUGUAGAAAUACAUUGUAGUAAUAAAAACAUAAAUAUAUAUAUUGAUGUAAAUGACGAAUAUUUUUUUAUUGAUAUAUAUACUUAUAAUAAGUAUGAAAAUAUCAAUUCAGCUUUUUCUAUAAUAAAUAAUAUUCUGUUACAAACAAAAAUAGAAAAUUCAUCUUUACAGAGAGUUAUUGAUAAAUUAAAAAAGGAUUUUUUUGAAUAUAAAAAUAACCUCCAAUCAUUUUUGAUAGGACAAACAAUUUCCUAUUUAUCUGAUGGUGCUAUUGGUUAUCAGAAUUUUGAUUUAGAUUCUAUAGAAAAUAUAAGUUUAGAAAUUGUUCAGAAAGAAUUAUCGAAUUUAUUUAGUGAUUUAUCAUUAUUUGAAAUAACUAUUGUUGGAAACAUUUCAAAUUUUAUACACUAUUAUAUUUUACAUUUUCUAGGAACAAUAAAAAAAAAAAAAGUAGAAAAAAAAAAUAACUUAUCUCAUAUUGAUGAUGAAGAAAUAUAUUCUUUAAAAAAUAUUAAUAAAAAUAAUAAAACAAAAGAUUACAUAAUGAAUAAUAAUUUAUUAUCAAAUAUUAGAGAUAAAGAAAUAGAACUAUUAAACGAAUAUAAUUUAUUGUGUCCUGUUAAAAAUUUUGAUAAAAAAUCCAAGGAAAUAACGUAUGUUUACUUAAAUGAAAAAGAAGAACAUGGUGUGUUUUUAUUAGUAGGAAAAAGUGCAAAUAGCUACGGAUUUUUAAGUAAUGGUAUUCACAUAUCUCUUUAUUUAUUAAACUUUUUAAAAAAACUAAUAUUAUCAUCAAAUGAUUCAGAGAAAAAAGGAAAUAUAUUUCAAGAAGAAUUAGAAAAAAUAAAAAGUCAUACAAAUUUAAACGAAUAUAAAGAAGAAAAUUUUAAAGAUUUAAUAAAAAAAAAAAAAAAAUUAUACACAAAUCCAUUAUUUUUUAGCAUAGUAUCUUAUGUUAUUCAAUAUAUAUUAAAUAGUAAACUUUUUCAUUAUUUAAGAGAAAAAAAGGAACUUACAUAUGAUUCAUCUUUUGAAUUUUUAAAUUAUGAAAAAUACUUCACCGGGUUUUUUACAUUAAUAGUUCAAACUAAUCCAAAAGAUUUAGAGCUAAUAAAAAAAGAAGUGUUAUAUUGUUUCGAAGACUUUACAAGAAAUUAUUCCAAUUACUCAAAUUAUUUAAUAGAAAAUGCUAAGUUGUCUUACUUAAAUAAAAAAAAUAAGGAUUUGAAAUAUUUUGCUGAUAAAUUAAGUGGGAUGCAAUUAACACAUUUUCCUUUAAAAUAUAAAAAUAAAUAUUUAUUAAAAGAUAAUUUAGUAUUAAAUAAAAUUGAAAAAAUAGAUGUUCUUUUAGUUUUAUUUCUUUUAUUUAAUCAAACGAACAAUUAUCAUAUUUCUUACGGUAUUUCAGCACCAGAAGAUAUAUGGAGAAAUAAAUAUAAGAACAUAAAUAAUCUUUAA